CAGCCGCCACGUCAUCUUCCGUCAAUCUGCCUUUAUCAUUCUCUCUCUCUCUAGAAUUCUAGGGCUUCUUUCUUCUUUCUCCUUCUUCUGUUCUUCUCCUCCUCCAUGCCGUAGUAAUCUUUGAUACCAGAUUCGAGAUAUGGGUUCAAUUUCGAUACCCGAUCCCGGUGAAUCAACUCAGGCACCAAGCUUCGAUGAAUUCCAACGACAGACAUCACUUAUGACCAGCUGCACUCUUCUCUGGAAAGAGCUCUCAGAUCACUUCACGUCGCUCGAGCAAAGCCUCCUAAAGAAAUCAGAUGCAAUUAAGGACAAGAUCAAGACCCUAGACACCGAAACGAAAGCGUCUCUGAGUUCUCUGGAGGAGCGCGAAACUACGAUCGAAAACUCCGUCUCCAUCGCUCUACGAAAAGUUGAAGCUGCCGUGCAAGCCGCAGCGGCUGCAGUCGGAACCAGUAAAUGCGAUGAUGGCGAAGAUAAUCCAGAAGUUGACGAUUCCGAGGGUUUGCUUUUGAGGUUGAAAUCGUAUUGUGUGAAGAUGGAUUCGUUAGGGUUUUGGGGGUUUGUAGCUAGUAAGAAGAAGGAAAUGGAGUUGAUGCGGGCUCAAAUUCCGUCGGCUUUAGCGGAGUGCGCAGAUCCAGCUAGGUUUGUGUUGGAGGCAAUUUCGGAGGUUUUUCCGGUGGACAAGAGGGCUUUGUGCGUGAAUGAUUUAAGUUGGGCUUGUGUUUUGAUACUUGAGAGUUUGAUUCCGGUGAUGGUUGAUCCGAUUCUGGGGAAGUCGAGGGUUUUGGUGACGCCGAGUGUGAAGAAGAGCGCCAAAGAGAUUGCUGAGAAGUGGAAGGAGAGUUUAGACCAGCGCGGUGGCAUCGAGAACGUUAAGGCUCCUGAUGUCCAUACCUUCUUCCAGCAUCUGGUGACUUUUGGAAUUGUGAAAAAUGAGGAUCUUGAUUUGUAUAGGAAGCUUGUUGUUGGUUCAGCAUGGCGUAAGCAGAUGCCUAAGCUCGCUGUUUCCCUUGGCCUUGCUGAUAAAAUGCCUGAUAUGAUUGAAGAACUAAUCAGCAAGGGACAACAGGUUGAUGCUGUGCAUUUCACUCACGAAGUUGGUCUUGUAGACAGGUUUCCCCCUGUUUGUUUGCUAAAAGCUUUUCUAAAGGAUGCUAAAAAGGCCGCAACAUCUAUUCUUGAAGAUCCCAACAAUUCCAGCCGUGCUGUGCAUUUAGCUGCACGAAAAGAGCAAUCUGCACUCAAAGCAGUCAUCAAAUGCAUUGAAGAAUACAAACUCGAGGCCGAGUUCCCUCCCGAGAACCUAAAGAAACGACUCGAGCAGCUGGAAAAGGUCAAGGUCGAGAAAAAGAGGCCAGCCGCCGUAGGUCCCGCCAACAAAAGAACCCGAGCCAGCAACGUGGGCCCCAUGCCACCCGCCAAGGCCGGCCGUAUCACCACCGCCUACGUCUCAUCUUUUCCGGCACCGCCCACCUUUGUGAGGUCCCCGUCACACACCCAAUACCCCACCGGAGUCCCAUCAUACUCUGUCCCACCGCCAAUGUAUGUGCACGGAACCAGGAGUCCGCCUUACGCCGCCUACUCGCCGGAGGCAGCACCGCUGUCUCCACCGCUGUCGUACCCAGGUACUCCUCCGAUGAACUAUCCGGCUUAUGGUGGGUAUGGAAAUGGUAUGGCUCCGGCCUACCAACAUACUUACUAUCGAUAGAGGUGACACUGGUUGACUGGUGGUGGAUAAUGUUGACUCAUAUGAUGAUGAUGAUGAUGAUGAUGAUGAUGAUGACUCCCUCCCUAAUCUUCAAGAAUAUGGUUUUUCUUUUUAUUUUCUAAUAUGGUUUGUAAUCACUAACCUUUUAUUGGUAGCUGAUGUGUGUGUUAAUCCUUAUUCUGACGUAAACUUAUGGUUGUAUUUCUGAUGUUGAUUAGUAUUAGUCUCUAAUGCGUUUCCCUAGCUA